GUUCUACAGCUCAUGAAGACUUACUUUUCAGGUUGUCCUUCACAUGUGUUUAGCUAGACCUUACUAUUCAAAACAUGUGCGAGACUUGUACCUUGAAAGCUACAAGACAUUGCUGGGAGAAAUUAAAGGGGACCUGCAUAAAGGGAGGGAGUUCAUUCUCACGAAUUGGAAAUUCAGUGUUGUUAAAAUGUUAAUUUCCCCCAGAUUGAUACAUAGAUUGAACACGAACCCAUUCAAAAUUCCAGCAGGCUUUUUUUGUUUUGGUGGAAACUGGUAAGAUGACUCUAAACUUUUUAUGAAAAUGCAGAGGACCUGGAAGAACCAAAAUAAUUUUGAUAAAGAAUGAAGUUGGAAGACUCACACUACCCAAUUUCAAGACUUACUAUAAAGCUCUAAUCAUCAAGACAAUGGAUUAGAUAAAGACAAAUGGAACAAAGUCCAGAAAUAGACCCACACAUAUAUGGCCACUUGCUAAAUUGUGUUAUGCUAAGUGAGAGAAGCCAGGUACAGAAGAUUACAUACCAUAUGAUACCAUUUAUGUAAGAUUCUAGGACUUCCCUGGUGGUGCAGUGGUUAAGAGUCCGCCUGCCGAUGCAGGGGACACGGGUUCGAUCCCUAGCCUGGGAAGAUCCCACAUGCCACAGAACAACUAAGCCCAUGCGCCUCUAGAGCCCAAGAGCCACAACUACUGAAGCCCACGUGCCUAGAGCCCGUGCUCCACAACAAGAGAAGCCACUGCAAUGAGAAGCCGGCGCACCGCAACAAACAGUAGCCCCUGCUCGCUGCAACUAGAGAAAGCCCGUGUGCAGCAAUGAAGACCCAACGCAGCCAAAAAAAAAAAAAAAGUUCUAGAAGAGAGCCCCAGUUACAGAAGACUUGUCCUACCACCACCAUGAGCUCUGAAUGCGAUGUUGGUGCUUCCAAAGCUGUGGUGAAUGGUUUGGUACCGGGCAGCGAUGGGCAAGACAAAGCAACUGCCGACCCUAUACGUGCACGCUCUAUUUCUGCUGUUAAAAUAAUCCCUGUGAAGACAGUGAAAAAUUCUUCAGGCCUAGUACUCCCUCCAGACACGGAUCCUACAAAAAUCUGCACUGGGAAGGGAGCGGUGACUCUCCGGGCCUCGUCCUCCUACAGGGAGAUCCCAAGCAGUAGCCCUGUGAGCCCUCGGGAAACCCCGCAAGAGGAAAGGAAACCAGUUCUGGAGUCAGAGAAUUCCUCAGCAGAUGAGUGGAGGCUUCCUUCCAAGUCUGAUGCCAAUGGAAACGCCCAGCCCUCUCCACUCGUUGCCAAGGGCUACCGAAGUGUACAUCCCAACCUUCCUUCCGACAAGCCUCAGGUCCUCUCUCCCCCAUGCCCUCUCCCUCAAGAGGACUGCUUUGCAUGGCAGCCCCCCGGCACCCGCAGUUCCUUCAAGGACUCCCUUUACCUGAGCUCACCAAAGCCGUACGUCCCGCCCGGCACCCCCAGCCAGCAGAGCCCCUCACGACCCCGGCCCGUCUCCGUCCCCCUGGCAGCCAGAUCAGCACCCAAAGGUGUGCUGUGUCCUGGGCCCUCACUUCCGGGUUCCACGCUCCGCAGUGCUUGGUCCCACCCCCAGCAGUGCUGUGCAGUUGCCAGGACAGUUUAUAGAGAGAAUGUGAGCUCUAACCCACGUCAUGAGGCAGUUGGGAAUAAAAAGGUCAGCAGCUUAUAUGUACCUUGUUUAUCCCAUAACAUUCGCCCCGUGGCAUCGGAAAACCUCUCUGGUGUUGCACGUGACCCAGACAAAGGCACUCCCUUGGAAGCUGCGGGCACUCGAGCACCGGCCCCCAGCAUUGCCUCCUGCACAGCCGGCACGGGGAAGCCACCCUCUGCUCUUCCUCCUCACCCUCCCAAGCUAUUCUCUGACAUCCGUAAGGAUGCCUUUAGCCGUGGCGAGAGUCCUUCCCCAGGGACUCGGCCUUCGUCAGGAGACGCAGUGAGACCACCUGUGCUAGGCCCCCAGGUUACCUCUGAUCCCGAAAACCGGAAGAGAAAAGAACCUUACCUUUUGCAGCCCCGUUAUCCAGCCAAGGAUGCCACUUCCUCCAGCCCAGCCCCGCCUGAGGUAAUAGCUGUCCCUCUCUACCUGGUUAACACUGACAGAGGGUACGAAGGCACUGACAGACCUCCAGCAUCUCUGGGGCCCCACGGCCCCCCGGUCCCGGCGGCCGUCCCUGCCGGCUCACCUCUGACCUUGCCGACUCUAGACGAUUUCAUUCCCCCUCAUCUGCAGAGGCGGUCUCACCACAGCCAGCCAGCCAGCACUCCUGGCUCCCUCCCCCCCGUUAGCCAGACACCGCCAUCCUUCUCACCACCGCCUCCGCUGGUCCCUCCGGUCCCCGAGGGCCUCCGCAGAAUCUCGGAGCCUGGCCUCACGGGAGCUGUUUCGAGUACCGACUCAAGUCCUCUACUAAAUGAAGUUUCUUCAUCGCACGUUGGAACUGAUUCCCAGACCUUUGCACCAGUUAGCAAGCCAUCAUCUGCCUACCCCUCCACGACAAUUGUCAAUCCUACUAUUGUGCUCUUGCAACACAAUCGAGAACAGCAGAAACGACUCAGUAGCCUUUCAGACCCCGUCUCGGAAAGAAGAGUGGGAGAGCAGGACUCAGCACCAACUCAGGAAAAACCCACCUCCCCUGGCAGGGCUGCUGAGAAGAAGGUGAAGGAUGACAGCGGGCGGGUGGCAAAGAGCACUCAGGACCUAAGCGAUGUUUCCAUGGAUGAUGUGGGCAUCCCACUCCGGAACACCGAGAGAUCAAAAGACUGGUACAAGACCAUGUUUAAGCAGAUCCACAAACUAAACAGAGACACUCCUGAAGAAAACCCUUAUUUCCCUACGUACAAAUUCCCUGAACUUCCUGAAAUCCAGCAAAAUUCUGAAGAGGACAAUCCUUACACUCCUACCUACCAGUUUCCUGCAUCUACUCCUAGUCCUAAAUCUGAAGAUGAUGAUUCAGAUCUGUACUCUCCUCGAUAUUCCUUUUCUGAAGACACAAAAUCUCCCCUUUCUGUGCCUCGCUCAAAAAGUGAGAUGAACUACAUUGAUGGUGAGAAGGUAGUUAAGAGGUCAGCUACACUUCCCCUCCCGACCCGCUCUUCCUCGCUAAAAUCAAGCCCAGAAAGAAACGACUGGGAGCCCCCAGAUAAGAAAGCAGAUACAAGAAAAUACCGUGCAGAACCCAAAAGCAUUUACGAGUAUCAGCCGGGCAAGUCCUCCGUUCUGACCAACGAAAAGAUGAGUCGGGAUAUAAGCCCAGAAGAGAUAGAUUUAAAGAAUGAACCUUGGUAUAAAUUCUUUUCGGAAUUGGAGUUUGGGAAACCGCCUCCCAAAAAGAUAUGGGAUUAUACUCCUGGAGACUGCUCUAUCCUUCCUAGAGAGGAUAGAAAGACUAAUCUAGAAAAAGAUCUCAACCUCUGCCAAACAGAGUUAGAGGCAGAUUUAGAAAAAACGGAGACGCUUAAUAAAGCACCCAGUGCAAACCUGUCACAGAGCUCAGCAGUCAGCCCCACUCCGGAAAUUUCUUCAGAGCCUCCUGGAUAUGUAUAUUCUUCCAACUUCCACGCGGUGAAGAGGGAAUCAGAUGGGGCUCCUGGGGAUCUUACCAGCUUGGAGAAUGAGAGGCAGAUUUAUAAAAGCGUCUUGGAAGGAGGAGAUAUCCCUCUCCAGGGCCUGAGUGGGCUCAAGAGGCCAUCCAGCUCGGCCUCAACUAAAGAUUCAGAAUCACCAAGGCAUUUUAUACCAGCUGAUUACUUGGAAUCCACAGAAGAGUUUAUUCGAAGACGUCAUGAUGAUAAAGAGAAACUUUUAGCGGACCAGAGACGACUUAAGCGUGAGCAAGAAGAAGCCGAUAUUGCAGCUCGACGCCACACGGGCGUCAUUCCGACGCACCAUCAAUUUAUCACUAAUGAGCGCUUUGGGGACCUCCUCAAUAUAGACGAUACAGCAAAAAGGAAAUCUGGGUCAGAGAUGAGACCUGCCAGAGCCAAGUUUGACUUUAAAGCUCAGACACUAAAGGAGCUUCCUCUGCAGAAGGGAGACGUCGUGUACAUUUAUAAGCAGAUCGAUCAGAACUGGUAUGAAGGAGAGCACCACGGUCGGGUGGGGAUCUUCCCCCGCACCUACAUCGAGCUUCUUCCUCCUGCUGAGAAGGCUCAGCCCAAAAAGCUGGCACCAGUGCAGGUUCUGGAAUAUGGCGAAGCUAUCGCCAAGUUUAACUUUAAUGGUGAUACCCAAGUGGAGAUGUCCUUCAGAAAGGGCGAGAGGAUCACGCUGCUUCGACAGGUGGACGAGAACUGGUACGAAGGGAGGAUCCCAGGGACAUCCCGGCAAGGCAUCUUCCCCAUCACCUAUGUGGACGUGAUCAAACGGCCGUUGGUGAAGAACCCCGUGGAUUACAUCGACCUGCCUUUCUCCUCCUCCCCAAGUCGUAGUGCCACUGCAAGCCCUCAGUUUCCCGGUCACAGCAAGCUCAUCACGCCAGCCCCCUCAUCUCUGCCCCACGCCCACCGAGCCCUGUCCCCUGAGAUGCACGCUGUCACCUCUGAGUGGAUCUCGCUGACCGUAGGAGUCCCGAGCAGGCGGCCUCUGGCCCUGACCCCACCCUUGCCUCCUCUGCCAGAGGCUUCUGUCUAUAGCCCUGAACCCCUGGCCUUGUGGGCGAGGCCCAGCUCCUCCCUCACCCUCAGCCUCCCCCGUUCUGGCUGGUCGGCCCGGGCCACCCCACGCUCAGCAGUCUCCCUGCUGGCCCUGCCUCCCCCGCACAAAGCCUGCUCCCUGGCGCCCGGUGCCCAGACCUCCCUCCACGCCAGCGGAGAUGGUGGUACCCACGUGCCACCUCCAGGGGUCCUCGAGGAUAGCUUCUCCCAGCCGAGGCUUGGGCGCUCAGACAGGGUCAUCUCGGAGCUUAGCGACGCCUUUAGCAGCCAGGGUGAGCGGCAGCCGUGGCGAGAAGGAAGUGGAGCACGUGAGAGGAAAGCAGACAGGGAGGCAGGUGAGAGAUGCCCGGGUGGACCCGCCAUCUCUAAGAAGAGCUGCCUGAGACCGUCAGACGUGGUCAGGUGUCUGAGCACCGAACAGAGACCCACAGAGCUCCACACCCCAGAGGAGAGCCGGCCCCGCAAGCCCCGGGGUAGCCCUUUCCCGGGAAGGGAGGCUGAGCCCUCAGAGCUGCAGAGAGGUGGCGAGCCGGCCGAGAGGAAGGCCGCUCGGACUGCCGCGAGCGAGCCUUCUCAUCAUUCAUUGAGAGCAGGACCUGAUCUCACAGAAUCUGAAAAGAGCUAUGUGGAAGCAGUUUGCAAUGAGAUCAUAAACAUUGCCGAAAAAUCUGUUCAUUACUGCAGCACUGUUUCUCAUCCCCUUGACUUUCACCACAAGGUAUCCCCUUCUGACAAUAAAUCAUCUCUAAUCAUUUCUCAGCAACCUCAAGCCCAGCAGCGAAGAGUCACCCCAGACAGGAGUCAAACCUCCCAGGAUUUAUUUAGCUACCAAGCAUUGUAUAGCUAUAUACCACAGAAUGAUGAUGAAUUGGAACUCCGAGAUGGAGAUAUUGUUGAUGUCAUGGAAAAAUGUGAUGACGGAUGGUUUGUUGGUACUUCAAGAAGGACAAGGCAGUUUGGUACUUUCCCAGGCAACUAUGUAAAGCCUUUGUAUCUAUAAGAAGACUGAAAACCACAGAGAUGAUGAUUUUCAUUGGAGGAUGAAGCAUAAUUCAUGAGUUUGUCUCUUUAAACAUUGAGUCAGUAGGAAAACUAAUGCAGUGGAUAAAGAAAGAAGAAAAAGAGAGGACAGAGAAGUGUUGCAUUUAAAACCUGAGCCUGUCUAAGCUUACUGCGUGUAUCAGACAGGGCUGAACCACGCAAGUUGGUAUUUACUUAGCUGCUUCUGGGAGCCACUCCAGCCCUGCCCUCUUCCCUCCCCCCGUCCCCCACCCGGCUUGAGUAAUCUGACCUGCAGCAUGGUCCAGGAGCGGUUAGGCCAGAAAUGCUUCUUGCUGCUUCAGGCUUGACCGGCUUUGGCUCAAAAGGGUCGUCUAGCCUGCAGGAGCCCUCAGAGCACCAGGCAGAUCCCCAGCCAUCCUCCAAGGCUCCCCCAGUCGCCCCAGAGCCUGCCGGUCCCCUAGUGCUGUGAGAGACCAGUCAGGGCUGCCAAGGCGAUCCCUAAACAGUGGUGGAGACCCCAAACUACCCAAGGCCAAGUCCCUCACUGGAGGUAGGUGGGGAAAUGGAGGUCAAAGGAGGUGCCCAGUGCAUUCAGCCUGCAUGCAGCUUUGCCAUUGAAGCCCCCGGUGUUCAGCCAGAAAAGCACACAAGGUUUGCCCCUGGAGCAGGGUGGCCAGGCAGAUAGUUACAUUUGUAUUUCCAGGUGAUUAAGUCAAGAAGCCCUGUAGCUUUUGAGGUCCCUUGCAGUGGCUCCUUCCCCAUAUCACUGGCUGUCAGGAACGGUCACCUUCAGGGCAGCACAGUUUCAUUUAGCAGAAUGCCAUUGCUACUCUUUCUUUUCUGGAUUGUUUUAGGCCAGGACAGUUUGGGGUUGAUAGGCCUGUUCUCACAGAGAACCAAGGAUGGUGUUCAGUGACUCAUGUAACAUACCCCAGUGUGCACUGGAUGCCAGGGGGCGCUGAUGAGCAAGGCACGCUCCAAGCCUCAGAAGAGGUUCACUGUGUCUCCAUUUUCAUUCCCCGUAGAGUCCAAGGACUACCCAAAAUGUAGGAACCCAAGGUUAUGAAUCCUGACUCACCCUGUGAGGCUUCUCUUUAGAGCAGAAGGUGCAGAUGCAGUGGCCCUAAGAGUGAGGCUGUGAUUCCGCCACUCCCAGGAGGCCGGUCUUUUGUUGGGGGCAGAGGCGCCUGGGGUGUUCAGUCACAACUUUAUCCAAUUCAAGGAUGCUUAUUGGCCACUCUGUUAGACACCUUGGAGAGAGAAAGAUAGAAAUGACUCAUUCCCUGCCUGCUGGGAACUCAGAGGUGGUUGGAGAGACAGACACACAAAAAUACUGAAUCAAGAGAGACUGUGAUAAGUGCUAAGAAGGGUGUGAGAGAGGAAGAGAUGAAUUUUCCCUGAAGGGACCCUAGAAAGCAUUGUCAUAUUUCUGUCUCCAUUAGCUCACCUUGAACAAAUAGGAUGCUGGAAGAACCUUUGUCUGAGAGUGGUUUAUGGCUGGAAAUACUUGGAACUGUUUCCAGGGUCUUCAAACUCUCAUCCUGCCCACAUAUACACAUCCAAGGUCACAAAUAGGAGUAGCAGUUCCAGGUUGAUAGGGUGUGUACAGGAACCCUGACUCUUUGCAUAUAGCUCAGAAUUGGCCUAGGACCCAUGUCCCAGAGUCUUUAUAAGCACGCAAAGUUUGUCUUCAGUGCCUCAGCUUCUCUCUCCACUAUGCAUCUUAGGACCCCCAUCAGAGAGCCACAGUACCCUCACUCCCUGUCCUUCAAAGCGUGCUCUCAGGAAAGCAACUGCCACUGACUCUUUCACAGUAAAGUAUAAGUGACUGAUAAAAGGAAGGUGUUAUUUCUUCCCAGAAACACUGGUUUUUUACUAGAACAGAGCGGAGCCUUAAUCCCAAGGGGGAAAGGCUGUGGAACUAAUGGUGGAGGUGGGGCUGGGGCUAUAGGUGAGGGUGGAUGAGCUUCCUGGGUAGAAAGGGACUUCUUGAUAUUCCUUAAGAAAGACUCAGUGCUUUGGAAGGUCCACCUCACCAUCCAAGGGCACUCUGUUUCUGUCUCUCCUCCCCCAUCCGAAUAUAGUUCAAGUGCAUAUCCACAUGCAUUUCACACAGCAGCAUCACCCAUUUUGGAAUAUAUAUUGGCUAAUGUGUUUCCUGGUCUUUCUUAGAUGCAAACCAUUCAUAACACGAUCUUAUCUGUUUUUUGAGGGGUGCUUAUUGAUUAGGUAAGUUUGAACACCUCUUUAAAUACAGCUAGAAAAUAAACCAAUUUGUAAAGCCACAUUUGCAUAUGAUGCCAGCCUCUCGACUUUGUAUAUCUCCAGAAUCCCAGGUAUGCCUCACCAAUUUGCCCAUCUUUAAUAAACUCAUCUGUUAAAAUUUGCAUCAAACUUCAGCUUCCUACAUAUGACACAACAAGGAACAAAGGGUUCCAAUUGCCCCUUUGUCUUCAGACAUUUAGUAAUACAAAAUACCUAUUUUUAUGCUGAGAUAUUUAUACAGGUUUAUUAAUCGCAAGUACAACUAACUGGCAGCAUGCCCUGCAACACAUUUUGAUAGAUUAGCCAUGCUUCUGGGUAAAGGCAAGCCCCACACUACUUAACUUUUGCAGUCUUUCUGGGAUCAGUAAGAGAAAAAAAAUCACAUGCUUAAGAAGUGGGACUGUAAAUAUGUAUAUUUAACUUUGUAUAGUCCAUGUACCUACUUUGUAUAGAAAAAUAAUUUUAAAAAUUUGAACCGAAGGGGGAGUAAAAUAAGGAAGUCAUGAAGUUUUUUUGCAUAUUUAAAUGAAGGAAUUCCAAAAUAACUUACCUGCAGAUUUUUAGCACAAAAAUAGCCCUUGUAAAGUGUUAUAAUUUUAAAUAAUCAUUCUUUCUGGGAGAGAAGGUAACUGUUAUCUCAAUUAUAGUGGUUUUUCUUAUUUUGUUUUUGAUUUUUUUUUUUUUUUUUGCAGUCCUAUUUAUCUGCAGUAGUGUUAAGGCCUAUUGCUAGAAUAGGUUACUACAAAAAAUAUUAUAUUCUGAAAGAAAAAUAACUGACAUUAUAUAUAACCAAUUGAAGUAUUGCCAUUUAAAUUACACACCAAGAGCAUGUACUAUGCAGACACAGAUUUUUCUGUUCAUCUAUUUUUCUUUAUGCAGUGGAUCGAUCUGACAAAUAGAUG